AAGACAGUCUCUUUUUCCUCUUUCUCUCAUAACUUUAUACUCAACUGCUCAUAUGUCGAUGAUAACAGUCCGUAUGUCCAGCGCAACCAUCAAUACCACCACCACCACCACUGUACCUGCAACAGCGACGAACACCACACCGUCCUCCAUACCGAAUAGACGAAAAAAUAGCAGUCGAAUCUACCAGGAGAAAGAUGUUUUGCUUAUCCGAGAUAAUCCGAAACAGCGUCACCAUCACCAUCACCACCAGCAAGUCGCAUCUUCUCCACCGCGCGGCAUAUUAGUAACAGACCCAGUGUUAUUAACAACCAAGGCAACUGCAACAUCAAAUCGACCAUUACCAAGCGUACUGACCGAUUUUAUGGCUGUAACAAUGUGCGACUUGUUGCCAAAACGAUAUCGACCCAGUCAACGCAAAGUACCUGGCUUAUUGUACUUUAUCCAAAAUGUGACGGCAGAAGCAAACAUAUCAUGUCACGUCGCGAUCGUCGCUUUAAUUUACCUUGAACGAUGCAAGCAAGCUCUUCCAAAGAAUGCUACUGGGGAUGAUGAUACGGCCCAUCGUAUUUUCGUCGCUGCACUGCUCGUCGCUGAUAAAUUUCUGCAAGGCACAACAUGGACAUCACACAAGAAUCGAUUAACGAACGCGCGCAUGGCCAAGAUCUGCUCUAUGUAUACUCUUGAGCAAGUGAACCAGCUCGAAUGCUCUUUCCUGAACCUCAUAAAGCAUCAAUGUUGGGUGAACGAUCUCGAUGUUCAGAGCUAUCUUUUACGGCAUCGACAAGACUUGCUCUUAUAAACUACUUUUAUCUCAAUAAGGACAACGCAGGGUGUAGAGAUACCGUCACCAUCAUCAUCAACUACUGAUACUGGUACUGCUAUUACGAACAGGGAUCUUUUCUCGUCGAUCACAAUCAUUGUGCAUUCAUAUUAUACCCCUCACCCUUCCCCUUUUCUGCUCUCUCUCUCUCUCCUCCUUGCGUAUGGUCGUAAAGAUGACGAUCGCCUCACUCCUCUCUUUACCAUCCCACCAUUCAUUCUUCCUUGCAUUUUCCGUUUCCUUGUCACUUCUUCUUGCACUGUACUAUAUGUCGACACUACCCACCAUCUUAUUUUAUCAUCAUCCUAUAUUUUGAGCCUGUGUAUAUAUUUCAGCAUUUUACUUGUCGUUGUACUAUAUCCAAAUAGAAAUGAGUUUCUUCUCAUUCUGCUAUUACUAUCAUUAUUUACUAAUACAUCAUCAUCAAAUAUACACAUACCCUAUCGAUCAGUCA